AUGUUCACAGCGUACGCUUCACGAAUUGCGUUAAAAGCGAAGAACAUUUUGGGACGAUGGAUGACCCAGAAGUCACGAUCUCCGAGCCGGUAUCCGUCAAUUCUUCAACAGAAGCAUACUGCAAUUUUCACGAGAGUUACAAGUACAUUUUGCUACCUGUAACCUAUGGUAUGGCGACUGUGGCCGGGCUGUUGCUGAAUGGGGCACUUCUGUGGCAGUGCUUGAGGAGUCGCCCCUGGAGCUGCUCCACGGUUUACCUCGUCAAUCUGGCAGUGGCAGACCUGCUCUACCUGCCUUCCUUGCCGUUACUCACAGUCAGCUACGCCAUGAGGGGCAGAUGGAUUUUUGGCAACGUCGCCUGCAAAGCCGCGCGCUUCCUUUUCUACGCCAAUAUGUAUGGCAGCAUUUUAUUUUUGACUUGUAUCAGCGUCCAUCGCUUCUUGGGAGUCUGCUAUCCCAUCAGGUCUCUUCCGUACAGAACCAAGGAGCGGGCUGUGUGGGGGUCGGCGCUGUCCUGGGGUGUGGUGCUGAUCGAACUUUUUCCAACUCUCGUCUUUUCGCGCAGUGCUGUAGUAGACAACUUUACGAUAUGCUACGAUGUUACCAGCCCGUCUCUCUUGUUCGUUUAUUUUCCUUACGGGAUAACUUUGAUCAUCACUGGAUUUUUUAUCCCAUUUCUCAUAAUUUUCUCGUGUUACUGGUCCAUGGUGAAGGUUCUCUCGAGAUCACAGGAGCGCAUCACGGUUGGGAAGGAGAUCCGCUCCAAGUCCAUUCGCACAAUCCUGGUGGUCUGCACAGUUUUUGCGCUCUGCUUCGUACCUUUCCACGUCACGCGCUUUGCCUAUCUUUUUAUCGGCGCCUAUAAGGGAAAAGACUGCGGCUCCUUGAACUUUGUUAUGCUGUCCUACAAAAUCUGGAGGCCCAUCGUGAGUUUCAACAGCUGUAUCAGUCCUGUUUUAUACUUUUUAGUGGCGAGAAAAAACAGAAAACACAUGUUAAAACUUGGAAAAAAUAAAGUGAAUCCUUCACCAUAA